UUUCUGCAGAAGCUUCCCAUCAGUAAAAAUGAAGACCUUACUCGGUCAAGUCCAACAAUUAAUUUUCUAUGACGGAAAGAUGUGAAAUGCGAACCAAUUUAGCUCUAUUAUAAUUUAAAUCAAUAUUUACUUCCACAUCUCUCUUGUCUGUCUCUCAAAAUGGCUCUUCAUCUCUCUCCAAGCUUCUUUUUAUUCUCCAUCACCAUAACGUUCAUCUUAGUCCAUGUUCCAACAUCUGUGUCAGCCAUUCAUGCGAAAUAUGAAAACUGUAGCUCCCCUUUUCGCUGUGCAAACUUGGAGAAUAUUGAAUAUCCUUUCUGGGGAGCGAGUAUGCCACAGUACUGUGGGCACCCGAGUUAUCAUUUGGACUGCGAAGGCGAGGUUGCAGAGAUUAGUAUCAUGAAGAGAAGCUACAGAGUGCUUCAUAUCAAUAGCUCUUCCGGCACUCUCACAGUAGCUGUAGAUGAUUACUGGAAUGAUAUUUGUCCCUCAAACCUUGUCAACGGCACUAUAAAUUCCAGCUUCUUUAAUUAUACUUCCGAUACAGGAAAUAUAACGCUGUAUUAUGACUGCCCUCCUCUUGUCAAAGACAUUUCGGCCGCGCUGCUUCCCUUUAAGUUUAAUUGUAGCCUGUAAGAGACAGACACCAAUAAUUACUAUUUCAUAUGGGGCAACGACAGUGUCAAUAGAAACAUCUUAUCUUCC